AUGUCGUUUGUUCCUAAUUUCAAAAUUUUGGCGUGGAAUGUUGGCGGUGCAGGUGGGAGAGCCUUCCUCCGAGCUUUGAAGCUAGUUCUCCAAACUCAUCGGCUAGAUUUUGUCCUGCUUUUGGAGCCGCAGAUCAGUGGCGACGCGGCGAAUUCGGUGUGUGACAGCCUGGGUUUCCCUAGGUCGAUGCGGGUGGAAGCUACUGGCCGCAAGGGGGGUAUAUGGGUUUUCUGGAGGGAUACCAAUUUAUCUCCUUGCUUGCUGUCGGCGUGCAGUCAGCACAUCUCCCUUGGAGUUUAUUCCACUGCAAAUCCUCCGUGGGUUCUUACUGCCAUUUAUGCUUCUCCCAGGCAAGGUGAACAACGGGUGCUGUGGGAAAAUCUUAUCAACCAGAGCAAGCUUAUUGAUGUUGCCUGGCUGCUUACGGGAGAUUUUAACGCCAUUUGGGAUCUGGGGGAGAAGUCGGGGCCACCUUCGAGCAACACGAUGAGACGUUGUCGGGUUUUCAAUGAGCGUCUCAACUCGGCUGAGCUGGUGGACCUGGGUUUCUCGGGCCCAAAGUUUACUUGGACAAGAGGAGAGGAGAACAAUACAGUGAAGGCUAGCAGACUUGACAGGAGUUUGUGUAACCUCCGGUGGAAUGUGGUGUUUCCGAACACUUCGGUGAUUCAUCUUCCUCGCACCCAGUCAGACCACAACCCCAUCCUGACCACGGUUUUCUCGCAAGGCAAUCCGGAAGCUGGCAGCCGUCCUUUCCGCUUUGAAGCAGCUUGGCUUAGUGAUGCCAAUUUCAAGGAGCUGGUGAAUAACUCCUGGGAGAACCAGGCCCUCCUUCCUAAUGCUUUGUCAAGUCUUGCAGGUACACUGAAGGAGUGGAACUCGAGUGUGUUUGGUAACAUCCAGCAAAAGAAGAGGAGAUUUUUGGCGCGCAUCAGAGGUGUGGAGGACCGUCUUGCCAACCAGUUCUCACCUGGCCUUGCGAAGCUGCAUUCCAAGCUUGAGGCGGAGCUGGAUCGGGUGCUAGAGCAAGAGGAAAUGCUGUGGUUCCAACGUGCUAGAGACAAAUGGGUGAAGUUUGGAGAGCGAAAUACGGCUUACUUCCACCAGCAGACCAACCUCAGAAGAAGAAGGAACAGAAUCGAAGCACUACAAGACGAGUCCGAUAAUUGGGUGAAUGAUCCCCAAUCCCUCGCUUUAUUAGUGUUUGAUUUCGUUGCUAACCUCUUUCUGCAGGAUGGGUCGGAAUAUGAGGAUAGACUGCCUACAGGUCAAUUUCCGCGAUUGGGUCUGGAGGAGUUACUGGAGUUACUUCGCCCCUUCACAGCGAUGGACAUUCACAAGGCCAUCUUUGAUAUGAAACCGUUCCAGGCACCUGGGCCUGAUGGCUUUCAUGCGGCUUUUUAUCAGCAAUUGUGGAGAGUGGUGGGGGGGUCUUUGACUGACAUGGCGCUUGCCUUCUUCUCGACCGGAGAGCUGCCUCCCGCAGUCACCGACUCGACCCUGGUUCUCAUCCCUAAGGUGGAGGUCCCGGAGAAAGUUACUCACCUCAGGCCUAUCUCUCUCAACAAUGUGUCUCUCAAGGCCAUUACGAAAGCUAUGACUAGCAGAUUGAAGCCGGUUAUGAGGAAACUAGUCUCUCCCCGGCAGAGCAGCUUCAUUCCGGGAAGACAAACGGCCGACAACAUAUUAGUCGUUCAGGAGGUUCUACAUUCUUUCAGGAAAAAAAGAGGCAAGAAGGGAGGUUUGGUGUUCAAGAUCGAUCUAGAGAAGGCGUAUGAUAGAUUGAGGUGGGAUUUCCUAAGAGACACUCUGAAGGAAGUCGGCCUUCCCAGCUCUUGGAUUAGUUGCAUCAUGUACUGUGUGGAGCAAAACAGGAUGCGGGUCCUAUGGAAUGGGGAGCUAUCUCAGCCUAUUUGCCCGUCUCGUGGAGUUAGACAGGGAGACCCUCUUUCCCCUUAUCUCUUUGUUUUGUGUAUGGAGCGUUUAUCGCAUAGAAUUGAUCUUGCUGUUAGAGAUGGACUGUGGAAGCCGGUUAAGCUCUCUGCGAAUGGCCCUCCACUGACGCAUCUUUUCUUUGCAGAUGAUCUCCUCCUGUUCGCGGAAGCAGAAAGUCACCAGAUUACUGCAAUUAGGCAAUGCCUGGAGGACUUCUGCCUCAGCUCGGGGCAGCAGGUCAACUACAACAAGUCCAUUUUAUAUGUUUCCCCCAACAUUAGCCGCCGGAAAGCUAGCCAGCUGAGUCGGAGGGCGGGUAUCCCUCUUAAAGCGGCUCUAGGGAGGUAUCUUGGGAUUCAGGCGAUUCAGGAGAGAGUGACAAAAGAGCGAUACCAAUCUCUCAUUCUCCGCAUCCAAAAGAGGAUGGCUCCUUGGAAAGCUAAGCGUCUCUCUUUUGCAGCCCGUCUCUCUUUAACUCAGUCUGUUUCUGCUUCUUUGCCUGUUUACAACAUGCAGACGGAGCUCAUCCCCAUGGGAGUUUGCAAAUCUAUUGACAAGCUCAAUAGAGAUUUUAUAUGGGGUGACGAGGAAGAGAAAGCGAAGAUGCAUCUGGUGUCGUGGGAGAAGAUGACAAUGCCGAAAAAGCAAGGGGGUGUGGGCAUCCGCUCCACUAGACAGGCCAAUCUGGCGAUGCUGGCCAAGUGCGCAUGGAGACUCCUUCAUGACAAGGACAGCAUCUGGACUCAGGUGAUGAAAGCAAAAUAUGGUCGUCAUCGUCAAGAGCUGGAUAUGAUUCGUCCAAUUCAGGGAAGUUCCUUUACUUGGGCAAGCAUUGCUAAAGUAGCUAGUCUACUUAAGAAAGGGUGUGCGUGGAAUAUUAAAAGUGGCAGGAAAACUCAUUUCUGGCUUGACUGUUGGGUUUCGCAGGUUCCUCUCCGGGAGCUGGCUGUCGACAACGUCCCGCCGGAACUGGAAGGAGUCAAGGUAGCGGAUAUGGUGGGGGAAGAUGGCUGCUGGAAGACAGAGCUCUUUGUGAACCUUCUGCCCGAGGAAGUGACCCAAAGGAUUCUGAGCGUGGCGGUGGACAGUGCUUCUGAUGAGGAAGAUCAAUUGUUUUGGACGGCCUCUUCAGAUGGGAGAUUCACCACCAAGUCAGCCUUCAGUCUCCUAACUCAGCACCAACCGGACCAAGACGAGGGCAUUUGGAAGAUUAUUUGGAAGCUACCCACCCUGGAGCGAGUUCGAUGUUUCAUGUGGCAAGCUUUCCUUGAUAGGCUCGCUACUAAUGUUCUCCGCUACAGCAGGAGGGUGGCGGAUAGCCCUGACUGUGAGAGAUGCGCUGGUCAGCCGGAGUCCGUUCUGCACAUUCUCAGGGACUGCACCCCGGCCUUGUUUUUCUGGUCCCGUCACGUUCCUCUACACCAGCAAGCAUCCUUCUUCAGCUGCAAUCAGCGGGAGUGGCUUAGUAUGAACCUCAAGAGUGGUGAUUCUGCAGGAAAUGGUGUUGAAUGGCCGGGUUUCUUUAGCACUGCAGCGUGGCUCAUUUGGAAGAACCGUACGACGGCGUGCUUCAAGGGGAUCGGGGCGGCAAUGACACCGCCAACCUUGGAGUUCUCUAUCCUCACCAAAACUAAGCUCUGGUAUGAUUCUUGGAACUCUUCCGACCUUGGUUUGGACAGUAGGAGCAGGCCGGCGAGGCGCGUCCUAGCAGACAUUGGCUGGGGAGGACCGGAGAGCGGCUGGGUCACUAUGAAUAUUGAUGGUGCCUCGAACGGCAACCCGGGACCUGCAGGCGCGGGGGGACUCUUACGUGAUGGGACUGGGAAGUGGUUGAAAGGUUUUGUGGCUAGUUUGGGCACUGCCACAACAGUGUUGGCGGAGCUAUGGGCGUUCAGCCAUGGUUUGGAUCUAGCAUGGAAGGAAGGUCACAGGGCAAUCAAAAUUGAAACUGACUCUCAGCUAGCCAUUCAGCUCAUUGAGAGAAGACACGAUCCGAUUCACCCUCAUGCUACCCUCUUGGCAGGUAUUCGAAAGAGGAUUAGUCGCGAGUGGUUGGUUCGCAUUGUUCAUACAUACAGGGAAGGGAAUAGAGCCGCGGACUGGCUCUCGAAGCACAGUCUCGUCUAUCCCUACGGUGUGUAUGAGCUUGCGGAACCACCUAACGGGCUAAAGCAAGUGCUCAGAGAUGAUAUGUUAGGAGCUACUUUUCAACGUCGCAUUGUAACUCCUCCUUCCUCCAUCCCCUAG